CCCCGUUUCGCUCCCAUCCUGCCGCCGUCGGGCUCGGCUGCGUCCCUCCAAACCCUUUUGCCCUGAAGAAGAGGAGCAGAGGGACUUUGGGGCACCCCCGGGGACAGGGGACGGGGGGUGACAGAUGCUCUCAGCACCCCCCCCCACUUCUCCUUUAGUGCCCCUUCCCCUGACUGCAGGACCUGCCACCAAAGACCCCGAGACGGGGUUCGCCCCACGGUGGAUUCGCAUCCCCAUGCGAUCCCCCCGCUGCCUCCUCGGGGCCCUGGUGACCAUUCUGCUGCUGUCCUUUGUGAUAUGCGUGUCUUGGCUGCUGGUGGAGAGGCACCAGGGGGCUGCGGGGUGCAGGAACGCGUCGCAGGGACAAAGCUUUGCCUCCCUGGGCUGCACCCACCUGGGGCUGAGGACGAGCCUGUGCCCCCCUGGAGACUUUGGGGGCUGCAAGCUCUGUCCCGUGGGGUGGUCGCUGCACAGGAGCAAAUGUUUUUGGGUCGCCAGCAAGAGCAGCUCCUGGAGGGAGAGCCGGGAGAACUGCAGCCGUCAGAGAGCCCAGCUGCUGGUGCCAGAGGACCAGGGCGAGCUGGAUUUCCUAAACCGAGUCAUACAGAAACCCACGCGCUACUUCUGGAUCGGCCUCUCCGUGCCCUCCGUGGGGAUGGGGUGGACCUGGCUGGAUGGCUCCCGCCUGAACCGGAGCCGGUUCAACCUGAGCACCCUGAACGCCAGCGGAGCCUGCGGGGCGCUGAGGGAGGACAGGAUCAUCUCCGAAACCUGCGGCUCUGCCUUGGCGUGGAUCUGCCAGAAAGAGGCCGUCCUGCUCUGAAAUCGGGCAGCCACUUGGGAAAAAAAGUAGAAAAGCAAAUAA